AUGGAAGGUUUUAAGGAAGAGAUUGGUAGAGGAUCUUCAGGAACAGUUUGCAAAGGGACUAUGUUGAAUUCCCAAAAGUUUGUAGUUGUCAAGAAAUUAAAGAAGGUGUUAGUUGAAGGGGAAAAAGAGUUUCUAACUCAGAUUCAAGUUGUUGGGAGAACCCACCAUAGGAACUUAGUUCGUCUACUUGGUUAUUGUUUUGAGGAAGUCAACAAGGUCUUAAUAUAUGAUUACAUGAGCAAUGGUUCUUUGGCUAAUCUUCUCUUCACACCUGAAAAACAACCUAAUUGGGUUGAAAGAAUGGGCAUUGUUCAUGAGUGUGAGACUCAAGUCAUCCACUGCGAUAUAAAGCCUCAAAACAUAUUCAUGGAUGAUAAUAGGUGUACAAAAAUUUCUAACUUUUGA